AUGGGUAUCUUAAAUUCAUUACGAAACAUUACAAAAUGGUUCACUGACAAGGCUGGAAUUACGGGACCUAAAGAAUCAUCAAAACGUAAAAACGAUGAAUGUGAAAUCAUAAGUAACAAUAAAAGAAUACGAAUGGACGACAGUCUUGUAGAAGUAGUUGAAAUCAGCGAUGAGUCCCUUUCUGAAGCUGAAGAGGCGGAAAUUAUUGAACCUGGACCAUCAAAUGUACCACUCAGAGUCAACCCACCUAUUAUGCUUGAUGGCAGACUUAAUCAAAGACAAAUCAUAUCACCAAUAGAUCUAACUGAAAGUAGUGAUGAAGAAAAUAAAAUUAAAGUUGUUAGAUCCUAUAGUUUGUCAAACCAACCGUAUUUGAAUAGAACUGCCAGUAUGACUAAAAGCAUAAGUAAUAGUUUUGAAGACAAAUGUACACUUACAUCAUCAAUCGAAGGUAAAAAUAAUUAUUAAUUUAAGAAUUCAUUUUUUAAUAAAUAAUAGAAUUUUCAUUCACAGGAACUAGAAAAUCGAGUUUGAAUAUGGACCGUAGGUUUUCUUCAUUAAAAAUGAAUGAUUCUUCAGACAGUGAUAAUAAUAAUAAAAUAUUGACACGUAUUAUAAAACAUUUUAUUUUACCAAAACCAGAAACCAAAGAAAUAUCAGUUUCUAAUUUGGGAUCUCCGUUAAAUAUUCAAAAGGAACAUGAUUUAAGUCAAUCUAACUUAUCACAAACAUCUCAAAACUCUUAUAAAGAAAAUUACGAUUUCCCAGAACUAAGCCUUCAUAAGAACAGAAUUAUCAAACACGAGAUGUUUUACGAUCGUAUUUUAAGAAAAUUUAGAGAAACCCAAGCAGCUGUUGCUUUAACUACUCCUAAAAUGCAAUUCAAAUCACCCGAAGAAAUUUUCAAAGAAAAACUUGAAAAAAUGAAUGAAGAAUUAAAUAAAAUUAAACUACCAAUUAAACCACCAAUUAAACCACCAAUUAAACCAAAAGAUGUUUUCCCUGGUUAUUCUAAUGAUAUAAUUGAGUUUAUUAAAAAUGAAAUGAAAAAACCACAAAAUGAUUAUAUUAUGCAAGGAAAGAAUAUUAAAAUAAGUGACUUAAAAACUGUGUUCCUACCAACAUCUUGGUUAAAUGAUGAAGUUAUAAAUCAUUAUUUGUAUAUGAUUGUUGAACGAGAUCCAAAUUCUUUACAUAUGUUUGAUACAUUUUUUUAUUCUAAAUUAUGGUAAGUUAAUAGAUUUUCAAUUUAAUUUAUACUUAAAUAUUCUUUUCUUUUUUUUAUUAAUUAUUGGUUUUUGCAGUGCACAAGGAUAUCAAUCUGUCCGCCGUUGGUCCAGAAAAAAAGAUAUAUUUAAAUAUAAAAAAAUGUUUACUCCCAUUCACCUGGGUAAUCAUUGGUGUCUUAUAUGCGUUAAUUUUGUUGACAAAACCAUAAAAUAUUAUGAUAGUUUAGGAGGAUCAAAUUCUCGUUGUUUAAAUACAAUUUUUGGUUAUUUAAAAGAAGAAUAUGAAAACAAGAAAAAUGAACAAUUUAACUGUAGUGGAUGGCGUUUGAUGAAUGCUAGUGAUUGUCCAAUUCAAAUGAAUAGUUAUGAUUGUGGAGUAUUUACUUGUGUAAAUGCAGAAUAUCUAGCUCGUGAUGCAAAAUUAGAUUUUACACAAGACGAUAUGCCUAAAUUAAGAUUGAGGAUAUGUUAUGAAAUAUUAAAAAAUAAUUUAUGCUAUAAAACCAUGUAA